AUGACGUUACCACCUGGAUAUGUCAAGGUUAAUAUCGAAGUUGCUAUUGUGCCAAAUGCUCAAUUGCCUAUAUCUGUUGAAGGUGGUGAUGUAUCGAUGGUUUAUCAAGCAAUAGGAACAAUUGUGCCAUGGCCAAUGAAACUUCUUGAAUUUGUUGUUAAAUGUGAAAAGAAUCCUGAUCAAUCCCAAAACAAAGUUAAGAAUACCCAACGAAGUGUUGAUUCUGUAUGUGAAGAAGAUGAUGAGGGUUGGAUCGUUAAUUUACCUUUCCUUGAUAUGUAUGUGAAGAAGAUGAUGAGGGUUGGAUCGUUAAUUCAAAUAAAAAUGGAGGAAAGUAUAUUUGGUGAAGAGUUUUUAGAGCAUCUACGUGUAGAGAGUAUAAAAGAGAUUCUUGAUCAUAAUUGGUUAAGUCCCUCUAUUAUCACUGUAUUUUCCAGGUAUUUGUAUGACAAGUUUAUUAGUCCAAAUGGAUUAAUAAAUAAGUUCUCCUUCAUAUCCCCACAUGUAUCACGGAAGGAUAAUCUAGGAAAUGCUAUAGCAAAAAUACUUCUGAAAGAUGAGGAGUACUUCAAGGAUAAGAUGAUUCUUGCACCUUGCAAUCUAGGGAAACAUUGGGUAUUACUUGUCAUCAAUCUCGAUGUUGAGGUGAUAUAUUACAUGGAUCCGUUGAAUGGUGAGCCAACUAAACAUCAAAAUUUAAAAACCAAGUUUGAGAAUGCAUUGCAAAUUUAUCGUGCUUAUAGUAACUCAAAAGUGCCUAAAGUCUCCAAGACAAAGAAAAUUUCAUGGUCAAAAAUUCGGUGUCCCCGUCAAAUUAAUAGCAUUGAAUGUGGAUAUUUUGUAAUGCGAUUUAUGAAAGAGGUCAUCAUGGAAAAUGAAAUUAUGAUCCCCAUAAAUUACUUUCCUGACCACAAAUGUCGUACCUACUCUAAGGAUAAGUUAACUGAGGUCAAAGAGGAAUGGGCUACCUAUAUGAUGGAUGAUAUUUUCGGAAAACAAGAAGCAGUGAUUUUGUCUAGCUAG